UUUUAUAUAUUAUAAUGAAAUUAAACGAGGGCAUCUUAUCUGUCGUAGAAUAUUAAAUUUCAUUACCAACCAAAUACAUAAAUUAAAGAGACCUAUGCCCCAAAAGGGUUUACAUCUUACAAGCCCAUUAAUGGAUUCUUCACCUCUCAAGCAAGAAGAAGACGAAACCCUUUCGUUUAUUUCUAGUUAUUCGAAUAAAGAAAUAAUCGAAUCUUCAAGAAUUCUAUCCGAGGCAAGUAAAAGACGGUACAUCGGAGUUCGAAAGAGGCCGUGGGGAAAAUACGCAGCGGAGAUACGAGAUUCCACUAGGCAUGGAGCUAGGGUUUGGCUCGGAACGUUCCAUACCGAAGAAGAGGCGGCCUUAGCGUACGAUCAAGCUGCAUUCGCGAUGCGGGGCCCGUCGAUUCCGCUGAAUUUUCCGUUGGAAAAAGUUGUGGAAUCACUCGAGAAGAUGAACUACAGCUGCAAGGAGGGUUUUUCGCCUGCGAAAGCGCUGAAGGAGUCGAAUAAAAUUGUAAGUGCUUCGACGAAAUUACAAAAGCGAAAAACGAAACGAGUUAGUGAAGAUGAUAUCGUGGUUUUCGAGGAUUUGGGAUCUGAUUUGCUGGAUGAGCUUUUAUCUGAGAGUUCGAGUACUAGUGAGUGAACAUCAACAAUUUCUUUAAUUUCAUUUGUUCUUGUAAGUAAUUUCUUUUUUUCUAAUGAAGUCUUCUUCUUAAUUAACAUGAUAUCUUAGUUUUAAUUAGUCUCUAAGUAUAAUUUCUAGAAGGUAAACCCUUUUUUUUGGUAAAUAAAAGUAGAUAUUCUCUCUC